AUGGACGUAACAUCUCUAUUGAACAACCACAACGCGAGAUCAAAUGAGGGACUCAGCCUCUUAGAGAACGAGAAUCUCAAUCUCAGGGAGAGUUCCAACUGUCAACUGUCACCAGGACUGGAGACCGACCUGCUGGACUACAGCGAGGCGAUGACCGCCAAUAUCAACUCAGCCCAGCUGCAACAGAGAGGCUUCGAAAGCUUAAGCAACAACCUGCCAUUGCUCAACAAGACCAAUGUCAGGUCACCAGUGGGAGAAGCCUCACUGUCGAGCCAAGGGAUCUCUCCGGCACUCAUCAACUCCAGAGCUACCUCCUUAGCCCUAGAGAGCAUGUCAAAUCGCUCAACACCCGUACCGAGACCAGUGGAACAAGAAACUUUCGGAGUCCAUUUGAAUACCGCGACAAGCCAUCCGAUAUUAUCUCCGACCCCUCUUGCUCCAAAUCAGAACGUACUCCCAGGGCUGAAUCAGACUCCAGCCUUGGAGGGCCCAGAAGACAUCAUAGUGGACAACCCCCAACUGGAAACAGUGAUAAAUCUAUUCAACAACCAGUGGUUGAUGUUUGUCCAAGCAAGAGAAAAUCAGAACGUACCUAUGAUGCGUUUCGCACUCCAGCAAGCGGUGGGCAGUCAGGAAGUUAUCAGGAAUCUAGCUGGAGGAGAGGAGAUGCUCCGGAUCUGCGAGAAUUGGAUUGCUUGCGAAGUACUAGCGGACUUAGAGAGGUUGGAACAGAACAACCCUACCCCGCAACUUGCCAGACAUCAGAGAUCACGUACCUGGGUUGUGGCCAACAACCAGCACAAGGCCAACUGCCAACUCAGAGACUGCAGACCGCUCAAAGCCAACAUUUGGCUUGAGGCAACCAUUUGCCUCCACCCCCGCCACCAUCUACUCAACCCCCACCAGCUUCAGCCUACUACAACCAGCACAGGCAAGGGCAACACCACCCGUACUAUCGUCAGGGCGGCUCCCAGCACCAACAGCAGGACCCCCAGCAAAUUGUUCCAAACUACAAACCUCACCAUCAAGCACAAGUGGCCCAGACACACAAGCCACAGCAGCGACGUUUCCACCCCGCCCCGCGAGGAAACUGGAGAGGAUACGGGAGGAAUCACAGGGAUCUGA